UCCUCAUCCGUUAUAACUUCGAGAAUUUUCGCACUAUUUCACUUAUUCUGUUAUCCACUUCGUGAGAUAUUAUAUGCCUACGCUGUUGUUUCAUUCAAUUUGUGAAAUUUGUGAAAAUGGCCAAAUGGGACCAAAGGGAUCCGCGUUGGAUAGUAGAGGUGCGCCCCGAUGGUACAAAUGUGAAUAAUUGGCACUGGGUAGAAAAAAAUGCUACAUCUUGGUCCAAAAAUAAAAUUACAGAACUUCUUGCUGGCUUUGUUAUACAAGAUGAAGACUAUUUUUGUGAAAUAACAGAAUUGAGUAAAAUUGAAGGUGAAGCGACUGCCAACAACAGGAAAGCAAAAUUGAUUUUCUUUUAUGAAUGGGAUAUUAAACUUGAAUGGUCUGGAAAAUUUAAAACAAGUAAUAAUAAAUUUAAAGGCAAAGCUGAGGUCCUAAAUUUAAGUGAAGAAAAUACUGAAGAUGAAUUGGAUAUAAAUGUAUCAGUUGAAGAUAGUGGAGAUGAAGCAUACAAAGUGAAAGAAUUCAUGCGUAUUGAAGGUGUCAAAAAGAUGCAGAAACAGCUUGGCAUGUACAUUAGAUCCUUGAAAGAAGAAUAUAGCCAAGGAAUUAUUUUACCUACUAAAGAUAAAGCUGACAACAAAGAUCGGAAAGCUCUAAUUGUUCCAAACAAUGUAAAACGAGAAAUGAAUAAAACAAUUAAUGGUAAUGAAGCUAAAAAAACAGGUGAUACAAACUUUGACUGCAUGACACUGAAGACCCACGAAGAGUUUGUUUGUUCUGCUGCAGAUCUUUAUCGUGUUUUCACCGUACCUGAGUUGAUGUCAGCAUUUAGUGGUGGAGAUGUAGUAUGUAAAGUUGAAGAUCUUGGAGAAUUUUCAUUGUAUUCAGGAUUUGUAACUGGAAGAUUUAUUGAAACUGUUCCUAACAAAAAGAUUGUUCAGAAAUGGCGUUUAAAAAACUGGCCAACGGAUCAUUUUUCUCAUGUGACAUUAGAGUUUGAAGAAAAGGGCGAUUCUACCAUGUUACAUCUUACUCAAACCGGUAUACCACAGAAAGAAUAUGAAUAUACACAAGACGGGUGGGCUCAGAACUAUUGGGCACGCAUAAGACAGAGAUUUGGUUAUGGAUCACAAAUCUUCUAACCCUUGCUAAUUUAGAUAAUCUUAUGUCAUAUCUUUUUCCCCUUCUUUUUGAAGUUAUCAAGCUUCUGAAACUAUAGGUCUACUUGUAGACUCUGCUCACUCUCAAUGCAUACUGGUGUGCUAUUGGUUAGCACAUCACAUUAUUCAUUGCUCUUUUCCUUAUUGUAUAUCCAAUAAAAUCACUUUUAAAGGAUUCGUUAAAUCAA